GUCGCGCCGUCGCAUUCUCAGUCUCUCUCUGCGCUUCGGUCCGUGCGUUUCGUGAGUUGGUGCGUUGCUGUCACCCCCCCCCUCUCUCUUACGUGAAGCUGCGAGCCGUCAUCGCAUCGACAAGUUGAGAGAGUUUUAAGUGCUUCGCCUCUGCUGCCUUCGGGAUUCUGGCACUUCGCAAUCGACGCUACGGGAACAUCAUGGCUGAGAGCAAGGGCGCGUUAAUUGCGAAGACAGUGCAAAAACAUGCGGGCAGGGCGAAAGAGAAGUUCCUUCAGAAUCUGGGCAAGGUCGAUCGAACCGCGGACGACAUAUUCGACGAGCACCUGCAGAACUUCACGAGGCAGCAGAACUCCGCCAAUAGACUGCAAAAGGAGUUCAACAAUUACAUCAGGUGUGUUCGAGCGGUACAGGCUGCCUCGAAGACCCUCAUGGAUUCGUUGAAUGAGAUCUACGAGAGCCAAUGGACUGGACACGAUCUGUUGUACGUGCAGGCACAAAAUCUUGACAUGCUGUGGCAAGAUUUCACUCACAAGCUCGCGGACCAGGUUCUUGUACCACUCAACACAUAUCAAAGCCAAUUCCCGGAGAUGAGGAAAAAAGUCGACAAGCGUGGACGUAAACUAGUGGAUUACGACAGUCAGAGACACAAUUUCCAGUCAUUGCAGUGCAAUCCAAAGAAGAGAGAUGAGCUUAAAGUAUCCCGGGGGAAGGAGUUGCUGGAGGAGGCAAAACGUACAUACGAGCAAUUGAAUUCUGAGCUGCAUGAUGAACUGCCAGCAUUAUAUGAUUCACGUGUUCUUUUUCUCGUUACGAAUCUGCAAACGCUCUUCGCCGCGGAACAAGUGUUUCACACUGAAAGUGCCAAGGUAUAUUCCGAAUUAGAAGCCAUCGUUGAUAAAUUGGCUAACGAAAGUCAGCGAGGAUCUUACACACUGAAGAAGAGUACGGAACCGCAAUCACCGAAGUCACCUAAUGCGAAUUCAUCCCUAAUAAUUAACACGCAGCCAGCGCAGAACAAUAUCUCAGGAGCUUUGGAUGAUACUACGCCUGUUGCCAGAGACACAUCGCCGACCACCCAGAUAAACGGCAAUGCUAACAGCAACGCUAAUAGCAACGCUAAUAGCAAUGAUAAUUCUCUCAAUAACCAGGAUGCGUCGCCACAAAAUACAGUUGCGCCUUCCAAACAGGUUGAAGAGUUGUACGAUAUUCCUGUCGACAGGUCCAUGACUAAUGGGGCGGACUCGAUCAUUCUAGAGGCGGAAUAUGAAAAUGCUGCUAAUUUCUCUAUAGGGGCGACAACCGACAAUCUGCCGCCGGGUGUCUUAUACAGGGAAGAAGGUUGGUUAAUGGGUAUCAAAGAAGGCACCAAUGAAAAGGGUAUGUUUCCGGCAAACUUCACGAAACCGCUGAGUUGCUCCGCUCGAGAGGUGUGGGCGCUCGUGCAGCAGCAGCAGCAGCAGCAGCCAGCAGCUAGCAGCAGCAGCCAACAGCAGGAGCAGCCAGCAGCAGGCGGUAGUAACAUAGACAGAGAAAGAGUGAUAGAUUGGUAA